CGAGCUGGUAUCAACCAACAGCUAUGCUCGCAUUCAGUUGUAGUUGGAUAGGAUAACGUCGCAGACGAAUGUGAUUGCCAUUUACGGAUUGUGAAAUUUUAAUGUGACAGUGACAACGAAAUACGCUAGCGUCCAAUUGUGGAAACAAUUAGAAAAAAAAAAUUAGUAAAACUAAAAGAAGAAUAUUUGUCAAUCUAUCGCCUAAAAAAUGGUGUACUAAAUUUGAAAGCGAUUAAAAAUUGCUCAUAAAUAUUUUAUAACACAAAAAAAAAGAUAUUAAAAUGUAAAUCAGAGUCAAAUCAAUGUGCUCAAAUCAACAACCAAAUAAUUGUUUUUAAAAAUAGUUAAAAAUUAGUUCAAGCUGAAAAAAGAAACAAAGCAAAAAUAAAAAAGGUUAAAAAUUUACAAAACUGAACACUUGUUGUUGUGUGUGUUAGUGCAAUUUGUUAGAAAUGGGUGGCGGCGAAGUUAAAGUCGCUACUGUUGAUGUCGAGAGCGGCGAUAAUAUGGCCACACUUCCGGUGUCGCGCUCGCACACAACCGGCAGCAAUGAUAGCGCCGAGAAGAAUAACGCAGCCAACAAGGAAAUGGAAUUAAAGAACGUGAUGCCGCAACCAUUGCAAAGGACCUCGCUGUUCAUCGUCACCAGUUUGGUGUAUGCCAUCAUUUUGAUUGUUGUCUGCAUUGCCUAUGUGAUUAGCGAUGUGACAACCCACCGUCUGCCAGUGCUCUACUAUGAAACAUUCUUUACGUAUUUGUAUGGUGUCAGCAUACUCUUCCUAUUGUAUGUAUUUUGCUUCCUGUUGCAGGAGAGUUCCUGCUGUAAUGGCGGCAGUAAACCGAAAUCACCACCAAAGGAGAAAAAAUCAAAGAAAAAAUUACCAGAUCCAACCGAUUCGAAGGAUGCGAAGGGUUCCAAGGAUUCUGGCAAAACUGGCAAACCGAGUCCAUAUCAGGAGCGAUAUCCGGUUAAGAAACGUGAUCUCGUACGCCAGUCUUUGACGUUACAGGAUUCGCAGGCUGAGGCUGAGGUCGCUGUUACUACGAAGAAUGUACGAAAACGCAAAACAACCCACAGUGAUCCCACACAUGGUAGCUUCUUUUUGCGUGUGGGUGCCAUUGCAUUUGGUUUGGGCGCCAUGAUCUACAUUGGACUGGAGUUUGGUUCUUUCUUCGAAAUCCCAUUCGACUCGCCAUGUCAUCACAUUUUGAUCGGCGUUAAUCCAUUGCUACAAAUGAUCUUCACCUUUAUGCAGAUGUAUUUCAUUUUCAUGAAUGCCAGAGUGAGUAAAAUAGCAAAAUUUGAAUAUGGAAUAAAAAACGGUUGAAGCCAAAGCGAUCUGAAGAAAAUUUUGAUAUAUAUGUACAAAAGUUGCGCUUUGUAAAACAUAAUUGAUCAGUGCCAAAAAUCAGUUUGUGACUCUCGAGGAAGCCAUUACAUACACCCCAGUUGCUUGAGCAGGUUAUAUCAUUAAUUUUAUUAUCCACAAAGAUAA